UAUUAUGGUUUUCGUUGCAAUUUAAAAAGAAUUAUAAACCAUUGUAGAGUGAAGAGUGAAGAGCAAUGAGUGUUAGGUCCAAAAAUUUGAACUCUGUAUUCUAUGCAGAUGCCUAUCAUCCCAUUCAAGCUGGCAGCAUCGACGGCACCGAUGUUGUUCCUCACGACAACGCUGUUUAUCGUGCUCAACUCUGUUCCUCCAUUGGCCUCUAUGACCCAUUUGGUGAUCCUAAGGCCACCGGAGACCCUUAUUGCACUCUCUUCGUGGCUCGCCUCUCUCGCCUCACCACUGAAGAUACUAUCCGCAAGGUUAUGAGUAAGUAUGGUCGGGUGAAGAACUUACGCCUGGUCAGGGACAUUGUGACAGGAGCUUCUCGUGGUUAUGCUUUUGUUGAAUAUGAAACUGAAAGGGAGAUGCGACGGGCAUAUAUGGAAGCUCAUCAUUUAAUUGUUGAUGAUUGUGAAAUCAUAGUGGAUUACAACAGACAGCAGUUGAUGCCUGGAUGGAUACCUAGAAGAUUAGGUGGUGGUCUAAGUGGAAAAAAGGAAUCCGGACAACUUCGGUUCGGGGGAAGAGAAAAACCAUUUCGUGCACCCCUGAAACCAAUUCCACAUGAGGAGCUGAAGAAGCUCGGCAUACCACCUCCGCCUGAGGGAAGAUACAUGUCUCGCUUUCAGGUGCCAUCACCUCCUAGAAGAGAAAGGAAUCUUUCAGACAGAGAAGAAGAGUCUCAUAGUCAUAGAAGAAGGGGUUCUAAUGAUAGGAUUAGGAAAGAAGAUGCCCCCAGAAGUUCAGUGGACAUUGAGGAAGGACACCACAGAAGGAGUUCAAGUCACCGAGAUGACCACUCUCACUCUCGUGGAAGGAGCUCGUCGGAGAGGAGUGGUCAUUACCAUGACAGAAGUUCAUCUGAGAAAGAAUACAGGCACAGAAAUUCUACCGACACUAACAAACAUUCUAGGAAGAGAAAAGAAAGAGAUGAUCGGCGGGAAAAAUAUAGUCGCCAUUCCCCUCAUGACAACUAAAAAGCUCUACAUCUCAUUAUUACCCUUUUGAUAUGCCAAUGGUAUAUAUGUAUGGGAGAAAUGAGAAUGGCAAGUGACAAUUCUCAAACACUUCUCGUUUAACAUGAGAUGCAUGUAUACUAUAGUUCAAUGAUAAUCGUGCCUUUUGUUUAUAUCUUCA